ACAUCUAUAUGUUCUAACUGUUCUAAGUCGAAGAAGAAGAAGAAGAAGAAUACGCAAGGAAGAUGGAUACACAAACAGUAAAUACUAGAAGAAGAAUAUUGAGUCAAGUAGUUUCCAGCAUUUUAGUAGAAUGUGGUUAUGAAACGUGUGAAAAACAAGUAUUAGGAACACUUACCGAAAUGCUACAGUCAUUUAUUAUAGAGAUCGGAGCCUCGGGGAGAAAUUAUUGUGAACUUUCGGGGAGAACGGAACCUCUUAUAGCUGAUGUGAUACUGGCAUUGAUUAACAUGGGCAUCAAAGUGGACAAUAUAGAUACCUAUGCAAAGCGAUCAAAUAAGACAAUCUUGCCGGCGCUCCAACAACAGACGCAGGCAAAGCAAUUGAAUAUUUUGCAAGCUGGCGUCAAGCAGGGCCAUCCGUCGCACAUUCCGAGCUACUUACCAUCUUUUCCAGACCCACACGCGUAUAUCAGAACUCCGACGCAUAAACAACCAGUAACAGAAUACGAGGCAAUCAGAGAAAAGGUAGCAACGCAGAAACGAGACAUCGAGAGAGCUUUAACGAGAUUUAUUGCCAAAACAGGAGAAACGCAUAGCUUAUUCCUCACAGAAGAUAACAGCAUGUUCCCUUUGAUAUCUUGCAAACCACAAUUUCCGAGUUACAUAUCUGCUCUUCUGCCACAAGACCAGAUAUUCGAGCCAGAUCCAGACUUUCAGUUUGACACAAAUCCGGUGAAGAAAAAGAAGGAGCAACAAAGCGAAGAAACGGAGGAAGGUAAUCAAACGCAAAAUGAAAAUAUGGAGCAAAAUGGUGAAACCACUACUCAGCAGGAUGUUAUAGAUAAUCCGUAUCUAAGGCCUGGAAAGAUGCCAAAAAAUAAAAUGCCAAGUAUGACGAUGCCUGGACAGCAAAAUUCUGUUAAAAAGGAGUCACUCGAAUCUCAAGUACCGUGACAUAUAAUAUCAAUUAAUAUGUAAAAUAAGAUCCAAAGAAAUUUCCAUUCAUAAUACUCGUCUUAUGAAUUGAAAUUCUUGAACUCGUCUUCAAUAAUGUACAGGUACUAUAUAUUAUAUUUUAUCUGUCUUUCACAUGAAUUAUAAAUAAAAGUUAAGUUACGACGACA